AUGAAUGCCUACGCAAACGAUUGCGUCCCAGACUUCCACCAGAAGCACUUGUAUGCAAAAUUCCACAACGGCAUUAACAACAAUUUGGUACGCAAUCUUCCUGCAGGCACGAAAUAUGGAUGCAACGCCGUGGAAAUCGGAGAUAAAACGAAAGUUGUCUGUCUUUACGAGAAGCAGUGA